AAUUACAGAAAAUUUCUAUGUUGCAGCUUAUUCUUGGUACCUUCAAGACUAUCGGUCUUAGAGGAAUAGCAGUAUUUGCCGUCUUGUGUUUUGUUGAUGUUAUCGGAUAGGAGGUCAAUUUUGGACCGAAAAUCUUGUCCGUGUGGGACAAUCUUAUCCAGGCAGCCGCCGUGCUACUAUUACAAGUGUUUAUCCUCAGACAGUUAAUGUUACAGCAGGAAAAGCAUCCUCACCUUUUUCUCGGAAACCUCCCGAUGCAUUUUGAAUUCUUGAGGCCAUUUAUUUGCAUUUUUCUUUAUUUUAUUUUCUUCGUGCGUGCAUUUUUGCCUUCGUUUGGUUUGGAGCGGAUUAUUUUUUUCUUUUUUUUGCUGUGGAAAGUACAGACAGGUGGGAGAAUAGCUUUAAUUAACAGCUUGGAGGGAGCCAGCAGAGGGAGCGUGUGAGCCCCAAAUAUUUCUUUACAAGCCCUACAAAAUUUGGGGUGGCUUCAGCAAGGGCGACGGAUUUCAAGAGUAAAUCGAGACAGAGUCCAGCUGGUUAUUGCAUCCAGAUAUACUGCAGGACGUAUUGCGCUGGAAGCUACGUAAUUUCCAACUUGUGUGCAGACUUGUCUCUGGAAUCCUUGUAAAAGUCCUGGUUUAGCAGGCAAAAGCAAGCGGCAGGAAGUUGUUUUCCAGCCUCGCCUCUGAUGGAACGCGCAAUGAACCCGGCGGCUCUUGUCUCCACCCGAGUCCUCGGUGGCCCGGCGGCGCGGGAAUGCCUCGUGCCCUCUGACGCAGAUAAGCUUAUCUUUUUUCAUCCAACAAAAUAUCAUGCAAGAAUGCUCCUUCCCAGUAAAGAUACAAAUUUCUUCAAGGAAAGCGCUCUGAAGACUUGUGCUCAAAAGUGUCUGCCUUGUAGAGUAUGCUUUUUCUUGAGAUGGGCAAGAAAUUAGACGUAAACGAUCCAAAUAUCUCUUUAAAUGCUGCUCCGCUAUGCCGCUGGGGCUGUUGACAAGCAGAAUAAAUAGUUGCAAAGUAUGUGGAAGAGGCUGGGGAGUAGCUUAGAGGCAGCUGAUAUCUUCCACCCCUAAAUUAGCUCGGUAGCAACGGAUUGCCAACUGUAAUUAAAUAUUGUGCUCCGAGUGCCUCCCUACUUCCAAGCGAAGCACUCAUCCAGCUAGGGCUGGGUCCUCUAACACUGUUUUUUUUUUUUUUCCAAGUGAGAUCGCAGCUCCUACGAUUAUUUGUGCUUAGCGGAUUUUUUGCGGCGCGUCCAAGUGCGCGUUCCCUCGUGAGUAAUGGGUGAUGUGCUCUGACUCAGUACUAUUGCACGGUUGCCUCUUUUCAUCCAAGGACUUUCCCUUAGAGGUUAUUCUUUUUUUUUUCCCCCUUUCCCUUAGAGGUUAUUCUUUUUUUUUUCCCCCCAAGUACUGUUGACUUAACAGUGCCAGGCCAAAAGCUCUGCGGGGUCCAGGCGCUUCUCCUCGAACAGCUGAGGUCCUUCUGCCGUGGAGGGUCGGUGGCCUUGGGAUGGGAACCACGGAUGCUACCCCUGCCUGUGAUUUGGGGUCUGUGGGACCGGGAAAGGUGCCUGCAGCUGUGACGUGGGAUGCCAUGGCCAGUUCCUCAGACAGUGACGACGAUGGUUUCAUGGCCGUGGAUCCCGAAGAAGCUGUGCUCGAAGGGACGAUGGAGCAAGACGAGGAGCCUCACGCCGAGCUGGAGGUCGAGGAGACCAGGCACAACAGAUCAAUGCUGGAGCUCCCGGAAGAGGUUUUGGAAUAUAUCCUGUCCUUCCUUUCGCCGUAUCAGGAGCACAAAACUGCUGCCCUCGUCUGCAAACAGUGGUAUCGACUAAUCAAAGGUGUGGCCCAUCAGUGUUAUCACGGCUUCAUCAAAGCAGUGCAAGAAGGAAAUAUUCAGUGGGAGAGUCGCACUUACCCCUAUCCUGGAACCCCCAUCACGCAACGCUUCUCGCACAGUGCGUGUUACUAUGACGCCAAUCAGUCGAUGUAUGUGUUCGGUGGCUGCACGCAGAGCAGUUGCAAUGCUGCCUUCAACGAUCUCUGGAGACUUGACCUAAAUAGCAAAGAGUGGAUCCGGCCUCUGGCAUCAGGUUCGUACCCCUCGCCCAAGGCUGGGGCCACGCUGGUCGUCUACAAGGACUUGCUCGUGCUCUUUGGCGGGUGGACGCGGCCGAGCCCUUACCCUCUGCACCAGCCGGAGAGGUUCUUCGAUGAAAUCCAUACUUAUUCACCCUCCAAAAACUGGUGGAACUGCAUCGUGACCACCCACGGCCCCCCUCCCAUGGCGGGACACUCCUCCUGCGUCAUCGAAGACAAAAUGAUCGUCUUUGGGGGCUCGCUAGGAUCUCGGCAAAUGAGCAACGACGUCUGGGUGCUGGAUCUCGAGCAGUGGGCUUGGUCCAAGCCGAACAUCUCUGGGCCUAGCCCUCACCCGCGAGGUGGCCAGUCUCAGAUUGUAAUAGAUGACGAAACCAUUUUAAUCCUUGGUGGCUGCGGUGGUCCCAAUGCACUGUUUAAAGACGCCUGGCUGCUGCACAUGCAUACGAACCCCUGGACGUGGCAACCGCUCAAGGUGGAGAACGAGGACCACGGAGCGCCGGAGCUGUGGUGCCAUCCCGCUUGCAGGGUGGGACAGUGCGUCGUGGUCUUUAGCCAGGCUCCCAGCGGGAGAGCUCCGCUGAGCCCCAGCUUGAACUCUCGCCCCUCUCCCAUCAGCGCCACGCCGCCCGCCCUGGUCCCCGAAACGCGCGAGUACCGCUCGCAGUCGCCCGUCAGGAGCGCCGACGAGGCUCCCUGCGUCAACGGCCGCUGGGGCACCCUGCGACCCCGAGCGCAGCGGCAGACCCCCUCGGGAUCCCGGGAAGGCAGCCUCUCCCCGGCCAGAGGGGACGCUUCCCCUGUGCUGAACGGGGGGAGCUUAUCGCCCGGAGCCGCCGCGACCGGCGGGGCCUCCUUGGACAGCCCCGUGCAGGUCGUGUCGCCCGGCACGCCUUCCGCCGCCGAAGGGUACGACCUCAAAGUCGGCCUUUCCCUGGCGCCCAGGCGGGGUUCGCUCCCGGAGCAGAAAGACCUGCGCUUGGCGUCCGUCGACUUGAGCUGGGAGCAGAAACCGGCUUCCCUCGUCUGUCAGAUGGACUGUGCGGACAGCAGGACGGGCGGCGGAGGCGCGAGGAACCCCCCCGAGCAGACCAACGGCAUCCACACGCCGCCUCCCGUCGCCGCCGGCUCCCUGCCGGGCGCCGUCUCGCCCGGCGCGCUCCGCAGAAGCCUGGAGGCCGUCAAAGCCCUCUCCUCCAAAGGCGCCUCGGCCUCGGCGGCCUUCAGCCCCCCCCUCGUCUCUUCGCCGGGCUCCCCCGGCGGCGCCGACGCGGGCUCGGCGCCGCGGCCGGCCCCCGCCCAAGGCGACGGCCAUUCCUUGCCUCCCAUCGCCCGCCGCUUGGGCCACCAUCCUCCGCAGUCGCUCAACGUGGGCAAGCCUUUGUACCAGAGCAUGAACUGCAAACCCAUGCAGAUGUACGUGCUGGACAUUAAAGACACCAAGGAGAAAGGACGAGUCAAAUGGAAAGUGUUCAACAGCAGCUCGGUGGUGGGGCCGCCCGAGACCAGUUUACAUACGGUGGUGCAAGGCAGAGGGGAACUAAUCAUAUUUGGGGGCCUCAUGGACAAGAAACAGAACGUGAAGUACUAUCCCAAAACAAAUGCCUUGUACUUUGUGCGAGCGAAAAGAUAAUGUGGCGCCGGCCGCUCGCCACCGCCUCCUCCCCUGCCCGCGGCUUUCUCUCCCCCCCCCCCUUUCUUUUUAAGUCCGUACUCUGUCACGCAGGCAUUGAAACUGUGAAUUAGGGAACAACAAACCAAUAAAAUGCAAAGCAAAAACGUCAGCGCCGCCCUCCCGUUCCCGGUAAGUUGGGAGACCCGCGGUCGCUGGCGGGGAGGGACCUCUGCGCCCGUAGGAUCCGCCUCGCCGGGCUUCGGCAGGAGCUCUUUGCCGCUAGCUAGGCCGAGAUUUAGGGGGAGCAGGUGGGGGAAUCUGCCGUGCAAUAUCCUCGUCCGAAGUUUUUUGGGGGGUUAAGAGGCUUCAUGUGUCUCUGCAGCUCUUAAGGGAAUGGCAUUAAAACUGGUUUUAUAGGAACACGCCGAAUACCUGCAGACGGGAGGCCGUUAGCUCGUACGCACUGAUUAUUUCCAUGCUUGACUUAGAAGUAUGGCUGUAUAAGGAAAAUAACAGCAAUAUCUAAAAAAGAAAUCUUCCAGCACUGCGAAUCACAAGUGUAACCUUUGCUCAACGCAAACACGAUGCCUUUUUACGGUCUCUAAGCCCCUUGGCCUGAGUAUGUCCCCGUCCCCCAUGCAGGACGUUAGGGAAGAAAGGACAAAGCAUUGCAUUGAAACGCCAAAGCCCUCGCGGGUUUAGUUAGGCAGGACUUGGUUUAGCCGUCCUCCCCUCCCGGCCAGGUCCGAUUUUACCUGCUGGGGAAAAUUGGCGCUGGCUCAAGCCGCUAGUUUGGCGUUUCCCAGUAGCGACUAUGCGGUUGGAAACAUUCGAGGCAAUAUUUGCAGAAACAGCAGCUUGUAGCCUGGAAACACUAUUUUGGGGGAGUUUUUGGGGGUUUUUUUUUCCUUCCCCCUGGCCAAAGCGAUGGCUAUCAGUCACCUUAGGGCCAGGAGCAGCGCGGGGGACCAGCAUCCGCCUCCAUCGCCGCAACCGAAAAUCACCUUUGCACGUGCCUCCUUCUGCAAAGACUCGAACCGAGGAAAAGGCAGGCGGUUUGUACCCGUGCGUCCUUCUGGGUCCCCCUUUUUCCUUCCCUUUCAGCUUUCCGGGCAGCUUUCUGCUGGAAAAACCCUUCCCGCAUCGCAGGGGAGAGCUGGCGGUUACCCUGCGCCCUGGCAGUACUAUGACGUGGCCCCUAUUUUAUUUUAUUUUUUCCUUCUCCAUCCGGCCACUGAGUUUUUGCUAGGCUUGGUGCCCGCUUCGGGCAGAGUUUUGCCCCCAAACUUUGGCGAUCGAAACCCUCCUCCCGUUCCCGCCGGUAUUUGGCCUCUUGGAGGCUCUCGGAAGCGGCUGGCUGCCGGCGGAGGCUUGCAUUUCCCUGCUAAAACCUUUUAAAAAAGAAAGAAAAAAAAAAAAGCAUUUUGCUUGCUGCUUGAUUUAUUUUGGAGCUGGAUUUAAUGAAUUGCCGGGCUCGCUUGCGGAUCCUCCUGCGUGUCGGAGGUCUGCGAGCCGAUUCGGGCUGCGGGGGGGGGGGGGGGGGGGAUUUACUUCAUUUGCGCCAUUUGCCGUAACUAAACCUGCAUUAAAUCUGGCCUCUGCGCCCGAUUUUCGUCCCGUCUUGCGCCUCGUUUCGUCUCCCCCUCUCUGCCCGGCGGGUCCGCGCUCCCUCUCCCUUGCUGUGUUUGCACGUCUCGCCCUUCGCCCCGGCUUGCUUCGAGGUCCGCGUCCAGCCUUAAAUAAAAAAUAAUGAAUAAAUGGGUUGGUGGCAGCGUGAUGCCAUGGGGCAUCUCAUGUUUCCCCCUCCGGAUUUCAUGCUCGUGCUCCCGGCGUGGUUAAGGCUUCGCGGCUUUGCCUCCCUCCUCCUCCUCCUUCCCCGCCUGGUUGCAAUGAAUCGCUCCCGCCGCCGGGAACGUCCGUCUCCGCAUGCGGAUGGACAGACGGAUGGACAGACGGGGGCCCUGAGUGAGGGUUCCCCCCCCACCCCCUGACUCAGGUGUGCAAGUAUCAUUCACCUCCCCGACCCAUCGUUUUAGGCUCAGCCGAGCGUAGGAAUGAAAAGUGACAUUUCGGUGAUAUUUAAAUCUGUGUAAAAAAAAAAAAAAACACGAUUUCCCCCCUCUUUUUGUUAACGUUUCCCCCAUGGAUUUUUAGCGGUUUAACAAAUAAAAACGGAAGAAACGGA